UUAUCCAAAGCCAGGAAAUAGAAACUGCUGAGAAAUCGAAACUACUGGGGAAAGGAGACUCUGAAACUGCGACCCCACACCAAACCCUGUCGGCUGCGGGUCAUCUUUGGGCACCAUGAACCAUACUUCCCAACACUUCUUCCCGCACGCCGUCACCGGCUCGCUCUCAACCUAUGAGACGCUCAAGGAGGAGCACGAGGGGGCCGCGCUGGGGGUGCCCCUCGGCCCGGUACCCCACAACUCGGCGCCCAUGACGUCCACCGUGAUCAACAUCCGCAGCGACACCUCCGUGCCGGACCAUGUCGUCUGGUCCCUCUUCAACACGCUCUUCAUGAACUUCUGCUGCCUGGGCUUCGUGGCCUUCGCCUACUCCGUGAAGUCUAGGGACCGGAAGAUGGUGGGCGACGUGACCGGGGCCCAGAGCUAUGCGUCCACUGCCAAGUGCCUGAAUAUCAUUGCCCUGGUCGUCAGCCUCCUACUGACCAUCGGGUUCAUCAUUCUUUUAGCCACUGGUGCGGUGGUGAGCCUCCAAGCCAUUUCACAGAUGACAGAGAACCAUGGGGGCUACUAGUCGCUGCAGCCGGAGCCCUCCGGCCCCCCACCGCUGGCCCUGCAUGCUGCCCCACCCCCUUUUACAGCAGUUUUCACAUUUGUAUCUGUCUAUAAAUGAAUCCAAUAAAGUGCCUGUGUGUGCAGCAGUGCCGUGACAUUGCCCGGGGAAGGGGCCCUGCCCUGAGUCUCCAGUCUGGUCCUGAGCCUGAGCUGAGGGGGUCGCCCCACCUUGUCCCACCACCAACCAGGCUGGGCUGAGAAAGCAGGGCACACCCUCAGGCCUGGCUGUUCUGGCCUCAGGUGGGGCUGUAGCUGGGCUGGCAUCCUUGGUGGGGGUCCCUUCAACCCUGAGGUCUGAACCCUGAUGCGGGGAGAUGGCACUGGGAGCACAGGACCCUUGAACCCAAUGAUGCCCCCCUGGCCUCACAGGGCACAGUGGACCCUGACUCAA